AUGAUAUGCUGGGGCAACAAGCUGGGUUUAGUGUCAAUGACCAGAAGAGCCCACCCACAAUCACAUCUUUCUUCAAGUGGUACACAGGGAUUUGGGGGCUACCAACCCCUGCAUGGAAGUGAUGAAACCCUAUCUUCAGGUACCAGGACACUUCAGCCUUACCAAGUCAAUGAUUACCAUGCCGUCACACCCACUCAACUGCCACACCAGUGUAGCAUCUGUGACAAGAAGGUCUACAACCUCAAGGACUGGGACCAGCACGUGAAGGGAAAACUACACCUACAGAACCGAACCUUGUACGCAAAUGAAAGCUCCGCAGUGGUAUCAGCUGGAGCUGUUCACUACUCUGUCGGUAGGCCUUCUGAUGGCGGUCUGAAUGCUGGAGGGACGAACUCAAUGGUUUACUCCUCUGCAAGUCAAGAUGUAUCCACUGGAGCUAAUGCAUCAUACUUGCCUGCUGCAGCCAUGAAGACUUAUCCCACGUCAGACACGGGAUUUUCCUCGCAUCAGCCAGAGUCAAAGGCCACCGCCGCCAGAUACACCUCGAUUGGGAAGUUGAGACACUGA